UGCAUUCUCUAUAUACCUGAGCUCGUCCUCACCCUUCAUUUAGUUACCUACAGGUUUCAGGUGAGGUUUCUUGUGCUGUAACUAAAGUAAGUAGAGUCUGACCAGAUAAUCCAGCUCAAACUUUUAACUUCCAAGUCAUUUAAUUUCCUCAUUCUUUGGGUUUAUUCAGCCAGAAGAUUGAAAAUGUCAAAGGCUGGUGAACAAAGAAAAAGUAAAACUGAUCCAACAAUGGAGUACGAGAUGAACCACGAGAGGCGAGGGUUGGCACUAAUCUUCAACCAUGAACAUUUUCAAUUUGGUCGGGAACGCCGUGGAACAAAGAUAGACAGAGACAUCCUGAAACAAAGAUUUCAAGCCUUAGGAUUUGAAGUGAACAUACAUGAUAACAAAAAUAAGACCGAGGUGCUCAAAGAAAUACUUAAAGCUGCCGAAAUGGACCACGCAGAUGCUGACUGCUUUGUUUGCGUUUUCCUGACUCAUGGAAAAGAAGGGCAAAUUUCAGCCUCGGACGAUAUGAUCAACAUCAAGGAAAUAACAGAUCCCUUCAGAGGAGAUCAGUGCAAGAGCCUUGUAGGGAAGCCCAAGAUCUUCAUUUUCCAAGCAUGUGCUGGUGAGAAAUAUGAAGAUGCUGUAACUGGCAUGGUAGGAGGGUUUUCUGAUGAUACAGAAGAGGACUUACCAUACAUCUACACCAUCCCAGCAGGGGCAGAUUUCCUCAUGUGUUACUCUGUAGCAGAGGGGUUCUAUUCCUUUCGCGAUAUCAAGUCUGGAACAUUCUACAUUCAGGAUUUAUGUGAAAUGCUGGAACAGCAUGGCUCAACGUUGGAGUUUACCGAGCUCCUAACACUAGUGAACCUGAAGGUUUCCCGACGUGAUGCUAAAAUGGGACUUGGAAAAAUGCCAAAAAAACAGAUGCCCUGCUUCACCUCCAUGCUGACUAAAAAACUCUACUUUAGGUGCAAUAAAUAGUAACCAGUAACAGCCAGACCCAGCGUGUUCACCAUUACUACAGUGCAUUGGUAUUGUUCAGAACUCUACUAUUAUCAUUAAUUGCUUUGUAAUAUUUUGCAAGGAAAAUUGUGGUCUUGUUGGAUUUCUGGUUUGAUCUUGAGCUGGGGUUAUUGUUGUUGUGUUUGUGUGUUCUCAAUCUUAUCAGAUUUUCUUUCACUGCACUAAAACAUACCAUUCAGUGAUAUUGGCUACUAUAACAUGCCUAUAGUUAUGGAUGAGCAUGUGCACAUUGUGCCCUGUAAUGGACUAGUGUUUCAUCUGUA